AUGCGAUGUGCGCCGGUCGUCUCGCUUUACCCCCAGUCGCCUCUUCUCGACUCCUCCACCCUCAGACAGAGGAAACCAAAAUGGCAACGGUCUUCUUGGAACCUGCCGCGCUCUCCAAUCUCUCCUCAAUGGCUCACCAGCCCCUUCACCCCGACGAUCCGUGAAGCCGCAACGCCUCCAGAGCCCUCUCCCCCUCAACCCGCCGCGCCGCUCAACGCGAUCGCGCAAACUCGCACGACCUGCAUCGCCACGCCCAACACCUCCCCAGCUAUUCUAGCAACCACACCUCCACCUGCUCCCUCCGCGCCCGCGCACGGUGCCAAAAAGCGCCGGCGCUCCAACUUGGACGACGAAAGUGACAGCGACAACGAGAUCAGUCGCAAUCGCCCAUCCACCCCCAAACGCCAACGACACGUCCCCUACGAGCUGCCGCUCGGCCUCUCCUCGACAGAUUUCUAUUCCCUCCACUCUCCUCCCAUCACACAAUCACCGCCCUCCCCAGCCCAGCGCCGGCUGGAUCAGCGCCUUCAAGAGUUUGGCGCGCGCGUUGAUCCAGACGCUCCUCUUCCCUCCAUCGAAGAGGCCGAUGCGUCCGCGCCUGCGCCUGCGCUAUCGGCGGACGAGUGGUCCGCCGAAGAAGAUCAGCGCCUACUCCAGCUGGUCCUCGAACGCUUCCGCCUUUCCCAAAAAGAAUGGGACGAGUGUGCGCGCCAAAUGGGUCGCCAAACCACCAGCGACGUCGGGCGACGAUGGCACUCUCUCGUUACAGGCGGUCGAAUCGGUCUUCGAUCGAGCCGCCGUUGA